AUGAGUUCCGAUCCACAAUACGCCAAAUAUCCCAACCUCUCCCUUGCCCAAGACAUCUUCAACCUCUCCAACCCAGCAUGUCCCCAAACAUCCCAACAGGCCUCGCUGAAGAAGCUGCAGUCUGCCAUUCUGCACCACCACAUGGCCCCACUAUACCGGCAUUUGGCCCAUCCGGUCGACGGCAUCUUGAACAGCACGGGCGAGGGCACUACCUCUUCCCAACCCGCAGCCGCCGCAAGCAGUAAAGGCGGCGUCGUCGCGUCGAAUAUUCUGUCAGGCAGGAAAGUAUCGAAGAAGAUGAUCCUGCCGUGGGAUGAGAAACUCUAUGAUUCGCUGGUAGAGAAGAAUAAGAAAGAACUUGAUGCUUUGCAGAAGGAGGAAGAUGAUGCCGCGGAAGCGGCGGGUGACACUGAAGUCCAGGCUGCUCGGGCGAAGCGAGCGGAAUUCUGGGCUCGGGUUGGAGAUAGGGACAAGGCAGUUGCUGCUUACGAAGCAGUUCUUGAAAAGACCGGCAUUCUGGGCACGAAGAUUGACUUGAUUCUGGCAAUCAUCCGGAUCGGGCUGUUCUUUGGGGAUAAGGUGUUUGUCAAAAAGCAGAUUGAGAGAGCAGGCGCAUUGGUUGAGAGUGGCGGGGACUGGGACCGAAGAAAUCGUCUCAAGGCCUACAAGGGACUCCACCUCCUCACCAUCCGCUCAUAUAACCUGGCCGCGACGCUUCUCCUCGACAGCUUGUCUACGUUCACCAGCUACGAAUUAUGCAGUUACUCGUCUCUUGUUGUCUACUCCGUCCUGGCGGGCUCCCUUGCCUUGAAGCGCGUGGAUUUUAAAGCAAAAGUCGUCGAUGCGCCUGAAAUCAAGGCCAUCCUCGGAGAAGGAGAAGACAAGAUAUCCGCCUUAAGUCGCUCAGGUUCCUCGGGGUCCGGUGCUGGAGAUGAAGAGAUGAAAGAUGCCACGGCAACCACAACUCCAGCGGUCGCGUCGACGGUUGUAAAUCUUACCACCCUCGGCGCUGAAAGUGGAUUUGUGCCAGAGGAAGAGAUCCCAAUGGACUUCUCCCCACUCUCCAACCUUGUCAGCAGCUUGUACAAUGGCAUAUACCGCUCGUUCUUCCUGGCGCUAGCGGCCGUUGAGGAUAAUUUCCUGAGUAAAGACCGCUACCUCCAUGAACACCGGGCGUGGUUUGUGCGCGAGAUGAGGCUACGUGGAUACCAGCAACUGCUGCAAAGUUAUCGUGUUGUCGGUCUGAGUAGCAUGGCGAACGAUUUUGGCGUCACCGUUGAUUUCCUUGAUAAGGAUCUUGCCAAAUUCAUCGCCGGUGACAGAAUAGCAUGCACGAUUGACCGUGUCAACGGCAUCAUUGAGACGAACCGGCCAGACGACAAGAAUAAGCAGUAUGCAGAUGUAGUGAAGCAAGGAGAUGCGUUGAUCACGAAGCUACAGAAAUACGGGCAAGCAGUAAGAAUGCGGGGGAGCGAGCGGGGUUGA